UGGCGGCGCGGAGGGUGUACGAAUUUUCGCUCCGCUGUUAUUGGGAUACCUGCUUUUACAAACAUAUAUACACAUUGCUCAAAGCAGAGAAGUGGUUUUACUUGAUACAACAACAGCAUCAGACCGACUGAGAUGGACAUCUUACACACAAAACACCAACAAUAUGGGGUGGGUGGAAGCUAGUUACAACGACAAUGAAGGAAAUCCUCUGAGGAUAUACACAUCGUGUUAUGUUACACAAACAAAUGUGAACAAUUGGUUGCGGACUCCUUUUAUCGAUCGCAAGGACGCAAAUCGACUUUACAUUGAUAUCCGGUUUUCUAUGCGAAAAUGUAUACGACACAAAGACCCUCAAAGGUUACAACAGUGCAAGGAGACUUUUGUCCUGUAUUAUUAUGAAGCCGAGUCUGACUUUGCCAACGCCAUGAUGCCAACGUGGGACCCAGAGACAUAUUUCAAAAUGGAUGUGAUUGCUGCAGACUAUUUGUAUGAGGAUGAAAACGACAUCCGAAUCAAUGUGGAGACAAAGAGUAUCCCCAUCACCAGGCAAGGCGUCUACUUUGCUAUCCAGGACACUGGGGCUUGUAUAUCUUUGAUUUCCAUCAAAGUGUAUUACAUCACCUGCCCCAAUAUCACACAGAACUAUGCCUUGUUCUUGGAAACGCCCACUGGCCCCGAUUUGACCUCUGUUGUCCAGAAACAAGGGCAAUGUGUUGCAAAUGCCGCUGAAGAAAAGCGACCCACCUAUCUGUGCAAAGGCGGAGGAACUUGGGCGUUGUUGGAUGGCGGCUGCAAGUGCAUGCCGGGAUACCAAGCCACUCCGAGUCAAACAUGUGUCGGAUGUCCAGCGGGCACGUACAAGUGGCACACCAGCAAUGAGCCUUGCAGGAACUGUCCCGCUCACAGCUUUUCCAGUCACCGUCACUCGGUCAUGUGUGAAUGUGAGUCAGGAUUUUACCGCAGCCCAGAUGACCUCAAGUCUGCACCUUGCACAAAGCCCCCAUCGGCCCCACUAAACCUGAAACUGAAAUCCAGUGAUCAUAUGUCGGCGACUAUGACCUGGUCGCAGCCACAGUUCCUGGGAGGCAGGACAGACCUGUCGUAUCGGGUGGAGUGUCUGGAGUGUGGUACAGGAGGUGGUUCCCCCUGCAGGGAGUGUAGCUCAGGCGUAGAGUUCUACCCUAAACAACAGGCCUUCAAUACAACCUCUUUGACAGUCCGAGGGCUGUUGCCCAGUACAGACUACAACAUCAAGGUUUAUGCUGAGAACGGUGUCACACAGAAGAGCAAGAGAGUGUCAGUGGCUCAGACAGAAUUCACAACCGAAGCUGCAGUCCCUGCCAAGAUAAACGAUGUACAGGUGAUCAGUGUGGGGUCUACCUGGAUCACUGUGGGCUGGGACAGGCCCCUGGGGUCACAGGGCGAUAUAGAGCGGUACCAGCUCAGACAUUUCCCCAAAAACAACAGGUCAGGUGGCGAUCUCGUCUAUACCAAACAGAAGAAUUACACGUUCCGUGGACUGGCCCUGCAGACAGAGUACGGCUUUCAGGUACGAGGGAAGACACAGAAAGGCUGGGGACAAUACAGUGACAUCAUCUACGUGAAGACAGGUACAUUGGUAUCAAGAAGCACGAUUGAGCAAGGCCAAGGGAUGUCUGUGGGAAUCAUCGCUGGAGCCAUUGUAGCUGUCAUUCUCUGCAUGGCCAUCGCUAUUAUCAUGGUACUCAUUUUACUGAGGAGAAAUCGUAAUGGAUGCAAUGAGAAGAAUGUCAGCGAGUGUGACAACCUUCAGUACACUAACGUAGUGCAUUGUGCCCCAUUGGAACACCAUUUUAACGGUGGAUUGACCGUCCCUCUAUUUCAACCCCCGGGGGUAGUGAAGACCUACAUCGACCCUCACACCUAUGAGGACCCUAACCAAGCUGUGCGAGAAUUCACGCGGGAAAUUGACGCCUCUCACAUCACCAUCGAAUCGGUCAUUGGCGGAGGUGAAUUUGGUGACGUGUGCAAAGGCAAACUGCGCAUCCCAAAUCGUGCAGAGAUGUCUGUUGCAAUCAAAACCCUGAAGCCAGGAGCCACAGACAAGAACAGACUGGACUUUCUGACAGAAGCCAGCAUCAUGGGACAGUUUGAUGACCAGAAUGUCAUCUUUCUCGAGGGAGUUGUGACAAAAAGUAAUCCAAUCAUGAUUGUGACAGAGUAUAUGGCAAAUGGGUCACUGGAUGCGUACCUGAGGAACAACGACGGCAAGUUUACAGUUAUCCAGCUAGUUGGAAUGAUGAGAGGGAUCGCCUCGGGCAUGAAGUACUUGUCAGAGAUGGGCUACGUUCACAGGGAUUUAGCAGCAAGAAAUAUUCUUGUCAACGAGACUCUGGUUUGUAAAGUGGCUGACUUUGGUUUGUCCCGGGAAAUAGAAAGUGAUACGACUGAUGGGGCAUACACUACAAAGGGUGGCAAGAUACCAGUCCGAUGGACAGCCCCAGAGGCUAUCGCCUUCAGAAAGUUCACUUCGGCAUCGGAUGUGUGGAGCUAUGGUGUGGUCAUGUGGGAAGUGAUGUCCUAUGGAGAGCGACCGUAUUGGAACUGGUCUAACCAGGAUGUGAUCAAAGCUGUGGAGAGGGGCUACAGACUUCCUCCUCCAAUGGACUGCCCUGAGGCUUGUCAUCAGCUCAUGUUGGACUGCUGGCAGAAAGAGAGAUCUCAUCGUCCAAAAUUCCUGGCCAUUGUGAAGACAUUGGACAAACUGAUCCGUGCUCCUGAGCUUCUCCGCAAAAUCGCAAAACAAAGGCCACAUAAUUUCAUCGACCCUAACAUGCCUGACAUGACACAGUUCACCAGCAUUGAGGACUGGUUGAUCUCCAUCAAGAUGGAACGUUACAGUAACAACUUUCUCCACGCAGGAUACUGCAACAUGGAACAGAUCUCGCGCAUGACUGUCAAAGAACUGAUCAAUCUAGGAAUUACACUUGUUGGACAUCAAAAGAAAAUCAUGAACAGUGUUCAGACUCUCCGUGCACAACUGGGAGGUGUUCAAAUGUCAGAAGGAUUCCUAGUAUAGCCGGGUCUUGUCCCGUGUUUUAGCAAUUCUUAUCAAAUUGUCAGAACUCUCCUGAUGUUGUGUCCAUAGAUCACGAAUGAUCGCACCAGGGUGGGGCAAAGUCUUCACCUCGGGAGAGCAAGAUGUGCCAUUGAUCUCGGCGCGAGCAGUGGGCAUUUUGUGUUGUGAGGCAACAUAAUGUCAUGGAUUGACUGAUCCAGUACUCUGUUCUGAUUGGCCAGCUGGACAGUGACUGACUUGUGAUUGGACAAAAUCUGAACGAACACAUGUAAUCAUUGUGUGAGAAAAUGGCAUAAGGGCAGAGGUUCUCAGACUGAAAACCUAGUGCUACAAAAGGAUGUGUUGUCUGUGUGUUGGAAGACUAUUAACUACUCGAAAUGUGAUAUAAAAAAAAUAAACUUUACAGACAGUAAUUCCAUAGAAUUGUGUGAAAACUGGUCACAUGACCGAUAUGUUUGUGUUAUAUGCUAAAGUUGUGGUCUGAAUCCUAGACCGUGCUGACUGGCAACAUGGGACAGUAUUUGUAAAUACAGGCUGAUCAGUGAGGAGAGAAUCUUUCCGUAUCUUGUCCGUGGAGCUUUCUAGUUGAGGCCCAAUCUACAGAGUGUAUAUAGAGACUAUUUAUUGUGGCAAGGGAAAUACGGCUUCGAAUGCACAGCAGUAGGUUCCAUGUUAUAAAUGGUGUUGAGAAAUAUACUAUCUGUUCAGGUGUAUAUUAGUUAUAAACUAGUGGCUUUGUCCCAGAGGGUUAAGCCUGUCUGAGUAUAUGGCAGUAGAGCUUGUGCAGCGUUGUUGAACUGAGGGUAAGGAUAAAAUAUAACUCUUACAUUCUGUGGUUUUGCUUAAACCUUUUAAUGAUGGUUUUCUAUGGUUUGUAUGGCUUAUGGGCUUUUAUCUUUGUUUCUUUCGUACUGUAUUUUAACCAUUCUCUCACUGUGAUGGCUUGAGUGUGAAUGAAUAGUGCUCAGCCCGUGAAUUUUCUUGCGUUUGAUAUUAUUCUCCAGUUUGUACUUUGAAAACCUUAAGAGUGAAUUACUCAUACUAGAACCUGAAAUAUAUGUAAAGAAGAUGCUUCAUGUACGGAAGGCAAGUUUCAUCUUCAUCCUCAGUUAUCAGUCAUUUUCAUCCCGUGUACAAAACAUCAUUAAAACAUAUGUUCUUAUUUGUACAAAAGAAAUAUGAUCUUUAUGCAUCAAGUUGUAAUAACUCCCUGGUUUUACAGAAUAUUUUUUAGAAAUUUUUGUUCACGGUCACUUACAUAUAGUUUUACCGAUUUUCAAAAGCUAUGCAAGGAAACAAAAAUUUUAAUGCAAACUGUUUUUGUUUUAUUUUUAACAUAAAGUCGAUGCUUUGGAAGUUUUCAUGUUCUGAUUGUGUUCUAUAAUGUGCUUAUUUAACUUAUCCCUUCUAGAAUCUAGUGAGUCAUUGUCGUAUCAUUUCACGAGGAGAAAAAAGGUCUGUCCAUAAUUUUUAUGUUAAAGAAUUCUAGGCAAGCUAUUCGUAGAUUUGAGGUUUUAAAUGCACCAAUAAAUACAAUUUAGCAUUUACCUUUAGCCACAUAUAAGUAAGAGAAAGUUUAGAUGGCUGUAGACAUGCAGUCGGUCCUGUCUGCUAUCUCAGCCACAGUGUUAACAUCAAAAAUUUUACCAUGCUAUACAGGAUAUGAUGAUGUCCCACGGACUCCUUCCUCUUUGCUCCCAUGUAUCACUGCUGCCCGGGGCAUGAUUGUUACCUGUGCUGGUAGAAUUUAAUAUCCCUUCAAGGUACUGAUUGCUCAGAAAUGCUGAUGAUAUUGUGAGCUAUCAAGACUGAAACAGCCUUACAAAGCAUGAAACUCUCAGGCUGUUUCACAUCAUAAUCCAGAAUACAGCACUAUUCUUACCUGUUUGGUGACCUGACGAGUCAAAAUUCAGGUACCAAUCUAGCUGGCCAGAAUUCCUGACUGGUUGAAAUCAAACAAUUAUCUAUGGC